AUGACAAUCGAAGCGUAUGUAGUAACACAAAUUACCGGAUGUACGCCGUCCAAACAUAUACGAGAUGCAGAUUGGGUGCAUCUAAAAAAUCUUGAACUAGCCGAUCCAAAUUUCAACGAACCAUUACCCGUAGACGUACUGCUAGGCGCCGAAGUUUUCCCCUACAUCAUACGAAGUGGGCGACGGGAAAAUUUACUAAGUGCGCCAGUUGGUAUCGAAACAGUGUUUGGUUGGGCUCUAAUGGGAAACACUGGUAACACUAAUCCUAAGAGAAGCACUACGUUAUUAACAUCUUUGGACAGUGUAGAUCUUGUGUUACGACGGUUCUGGGAAAUAGAGGAAGUACCAAAUGCGUCAAAGACGAGUCCAGCAGAAGAGGACUGUGAGCGUAUUUAUCAUUCUACGACUACACGAGAAUCAGACGGUCGAUACGUUGUACAUUUACCAUUCAAUUGCAAACCGCCGCAGCUUGGACAGUCACGACAAAUGGCCCUCAACCGGCUUUAUCGUUUAGAAUCCCGACUAGAUAAGUCGCCGCAGUUACGACAACAAUACAAUACUGCCAUGAAGGAUUAUCUCGAUAGCGGUCACAUGCAAAUAGUACCAGAAGCCACACCCGAACCGGAACAGGCUUUAUUACACUCCACAUCAAGUAGUGAUUAA